GUUCUACUUCCAAAAUCAUAGUCACACACACUGUCUAUACACAAACAUCAUGUACGACGAUUACAGCAACGACGACUUAUUCUCAGCUCUUAGCUACUCCUCCUCCACCACCACCACCACCACCACCACAGAUUUCCUUCCUUACUCUAGCAUCGAAGAAGAUGUAGUGGCAAAUUAUGUGCCUACUUACCAAGUAUCCCCUCCUCCACCAAUUCUAAUUCCAACUAGCAACGAUGUCUCGGCAGCUAUUGAUACUUUGGGAGCUUUGAAAUCGGAAGUUGGUUAUAGUAGUAGCAGUAGCUAUGGAUCACCAAGUUCAUUACCGAGUUAUAGUAAUAACUACCUUCAUAAUCACCAUUAUCAACCAAGUUUGUUUCAAAGAAGUAUGAGUAGUCAUUCACUUCUUAAUCAUCAAAAGGAGGAUGGAUUUUUCCAUCCCAUUUUCUCAUCUCAUCUCGAGGAGGAGUUGUCGCCUUCUUGUCAUGGUCAUGAACAGGUUUUCAACUUAGAUUCUGAUGAGAGUCCGAUGAGAAAAGUUUACAGCACCGGUGAUUUACAGACCAUUAACGUGGCGCGAAGUACUGGACGAUCAGACAGCCCAUUGUCAAAUGAGAACUGCAUAGAAGGACUGAACAAAGUGGGGCGAUACACCGCAGAAGAACGAAAAGAGAGAAUUGAGAGAUACAGAAGCAAAAGAAACCAAAGAAAUUUCACAAAGAAAAUUAAGUACGCAUGUAGGAAGACAUUAGCUGACAGCCGGCCACGGAUUAGAGGACGAUUCGCGAGGAAUGAUGAAACGGGUGAGGAUACUAGUUAUAAUUCAUGUCUUAAUCAUCAUCAUCAAUGGAACCUACAAAUGGGUACUGAAGCAAACUAUAACGAAGAAGUUGACGACGUUUGGAUCAACUUCUAUGAAGCUAGCCUUCUCUGCUAGUUUUUAAUUUACUUUUAACGGUCGACUGCGCAAAUUAGUUUAAGGUGUGUGACUUCAUUUAUGAGGGUUUAAUUUUCUUCCUUAUAUUCUAAUCUAGCAACUGUAGUUUUAGAUUGUGUGCUGCUAGUAAAUAAUCUUGAAGGAAACAUAAAUAUGUAUUACAGUAUUAGUAUGUAUUAAUGAAAUUUAUGUACAUAAUAAUAACUUAAUUAAUUAAAAAUAUUAUU